CUGUCCAAGUCCCCUCUUCACUUCUCUUUUCCCCUCCUGUCCCCGGUCCCGCAGUCAUUCAGAAUCAUGGAGACUUGUCCGGAAAGUUGCCCGACACAGGCGGCCGGUCCCCGACCGGACCCGGCUGUGGGUCAACACACUGACCUGACGGAGGACCUCGGCCAGCAGCUGGAGGACAUCAUUAGCGCCUACCAGGCCACCGAGGUCACCGCCGAGCCGGAGGACGCCGUCGAGGUCGCUGCCACCAAAGAGGCAGACACUCGCAAGGAAAAGAAACUAGAGAAGAAGAUGCUGAAAAACCUAGGGAAGGAAGCCACACUUGUGAUGCAGAGUUUGAGCAAACACGACUCUUUCGAACAGAAACUGGAGGCCAUGAUAAAGAAACAUGUGGAGCUGCUGGAGGAGCAUCGCGGGGACCAGAAACAGCUGAAGGUCCUGCAGAAGAAGCUGCUGCAGGUGAUGAAGGAGAAGGACACGCUGCAGAGCGAGCACAGCCGCGCCAUCUUGGCCCGCAGCAAACUGGAGGGACUCUGCCGAGAGCUGCAGAGACACAACAAGACCCUGAAGGAAGAGACGCUGCAGCGGUGCAGAGAGGAUGACCUGAAGAGGAAGGAGAUCACCACUCAUUUCCAGGGGACGCUCAGUGAGAUCCAAGCCCAGAUCGAAGAGCACAGCAGCCGAAACACCAAGCUGUGUCAGGAGAACAGCGCCCUGGCUGAGAAACUCAAGGGGCUCAUUUCACAGUACGACCAGCGGGAGGCGAACUUGGAAAAAGUCUUCAAACACAGAGAUCUGAAAGAAAAGCUGCUGGAAACCAAACUUGCGCAGGCCAACAUGCUGCUGAAGGAGGCCGAGGAGAAGCACAAACUGGAAAAGGAACAUCUGCUAAAACAGGCGGCGGAGUGCAAGGUGAAACUGAAGCUCAUGAAGGAGCAAGAGGUCGACAUGAAGGCUCAGCUCCUCGUCUACUCUGAGAAGUUUGACGAGUUCCAGGGGACGGUGUCCAAGAGUAAUGGAGUCUACGCCAGCUUCAAACAAGAUAUGGACAAGAUGUCGAAGAAGAUGAAGAAACUGGAGAAGGAGUGCUUGUCAUGGAAGUCUCGCUUUGAUGGCUGCAACAAAGCUCUCAUAGACAUGGUGGCAGAUAAAGCGCUGAAGGAGAAGGAGAUGGAGCUCUUCAGCAUCAAGAACCAGAAGCUAGAGAAGCUCUGCAGGGCACUGCAGGAGGAGCGGAAGAGUCUCUAUCAGAAGGCUGAGGACGCCGGAGGUCACCCGGACAUCAAAAACACACCUGAGACCAAAGAGAAGGAGAGCACGGAGGAGCUUGGGGGGUCCGCAGGGAGACCCAGCCAGGAAAACCCCGUCCCUGCCACUGAAACCGCUUCCAUGACUGCCCCUGCUGCUGGUGCCCCGUCUGCUGCUGCCAUUGCCAUAGAAACGCCGCUGGCUAAGGAACUGGCCAAACUGAAAGCAGAGCAGGCGCGAAUGCAGGAGAUCGCGACCUCUUUCACGAUCUCACACGUCAUACCUGCAAAUGUGCUGUGCCCUGACGCUGAUGACAGCCAAUCACAUGAACUCCCCGAGGUCAGUCAGGUUCAUGAGGGUCACCGAGCAGAGAAGAGCAGCGGGGAGCAAACCCAUGAUGUCCUCAUCCCAGUCAAUGGCACCCAUCAUGAAGAAGACAAAGAAGAAGAGGGUGGACACCAGCAGCAGAGAGAUCUGGAGAUGGAGUCGGUGGAUUAGGAGACUCCACUGGACACUCAACAGAAAGUCACAUCGCCUUAAUGUCACCGUAACCUUUUUAGAAGACAUUAUUACCAAUAAAGAAAAGAGUUUGUUUUG